UGGGGGAGGCUGCGGGGCCAGCGCUACAGUGCCCGCGAGCGGCGGUCAGCCUAGCCUAGCCUGUGGGUCCGAGAGGACAGUGGAGGCGCAGAGUACCCGGCGCUCGGCCAUCCCCGGGAAAGCCGCUCCGGUUCCCGCUGUCCUGGCCGCGGCUCCUGGGGCUCGGUCCACCUGGGAGGGGGCGCACAGGUCAAAAAGGAAAAUGAAGUACAUUCUAGUUACUGGUGGUGUUAUAUCAGGAAUUGGAAAAGGAGUCAUCGCCAGCAGUGUGGGCACCAUACUGAAGUCCUGUGGCUUACAUGUGACUUCAAUUAAAGUUGACCCCUACAUUAACAUUGAUGCAGGAACAUUCUCCCCUUAUGAGCAUGGUGAAGUGUUUGUUCUGGAUGAUGGUGGGGAAGUUGACCUUGACCUGGGGAACUAUGAGCGGUUCCUUGACAUCCGCCUCACCAAGGACAACAAUCUCACCACUGGGAAGAUCUACCAGCACGUCAUUAACAAGGAACGAAAAGGAGAUUACUUGGGGAAAACUGUCCAGGUUGUCCCUCACAUCACAGAUGCAAUCCAGGAGUGGGUGAUGAAACAGGCAUUAAUACCUGUAGAUGAAGAUGGCCUAGAACCUCAAGUGUGUGUUAUCGAGCUUGGUGGGACAGUAGGAGAUAUCGAAAGCAUGCCCUUCAUUGAGGCCUUCCGGCAGUUCCAGUUCAAGGUCAAAAAGGAGAACUUUUGUAAUAUCCACGUCAGUCUGGUUCCACAGCCAAGUUCAACAGGGGAACAGAAGACAAAACCCACCCAAAACAGCGUUCGGGAACUUAGAGGGCUUGGACUUUCCCCAGACUUGGUUGUGUGCAGGUGCUCAAAUCCUCUGGACACAUCUGUGAAAGAGAAAAUAUCAAUGUUCUGCCAUGUGGAACCUGAACAAGUGAUCUGUGUCCAUGAUGUCUCAACUAUCUACCGAGUCCCCUUGAUGUUAGAAGAGCAAGGGGUUGUAGAUUAUUUUCUUCGAAGACUUGACCUUCCUGUUGAGAGGCAGCCACGAAAAAUGCUGAUGAAGUGGAAAGAGAUGGCAGACAGAUAUGAUCGAUUGCUAGAGACCUGUUCUAUUGCCCUUGUGGGGAAAUACACCAAGUUCUCAGAUUCAUAUGCCUCAGUCAUUAAAGCCCUAGAGCAUUCUGCAUUGGCAAUCAACCACAAAUUGGAAAUUAAGUACAUAGAUUCCACAGACCUGGAGCUGAGCACCAUGCAGGAGGAGCCCGUGCGCUACCACGAGGCCUGGCAGAAGCUCUGUAGUGCCCAUGGAGUGCUGGUUCCAGGAGGGUUUGGUGUUCGAGGAACUGAAGGAAAAAUCCAAGCAAUUUCCUGGGCUCGGAAGCAGAAAAAGCCUUUUUUGGGUGUGUGCUUAGGAAUGCAAUUGGCAGUGGUUGAAUUUUCAAGACAUGUACUGGGAUGGCAAGAUGCGAAUUCUACAGAGUUUGACCCUAAGACCAGUCAUCCUGUGGUCAUAGAGAUGCCAGAACACAACCCUGGGCAGAUGGGCGGAACCAUGAGGCUGGGCAAGCGGAGAACCCUGUUCCAGACCAAGAACUCGGUUAUGAGGAAACUCUAUGGAGACGCAGACUACUUGGAAGAGAGGCAUCGUCAUAGAUUUGAGGUGAAUCCAGUCUUGAAAAAGUGCCUGGAAGAGCAAGGCUUGAAAUUUGUUGGCCAAGACGUUGAAGGCGAGAGGAUGGAGAUUGUGGAGUUGGAAGAUCAUCCUUUCUUUGUUGGGGUUCAGUACCACCCCGAGUUCCUGUCCAGGCCUAUCAAGCCCUCCCCACCCUACCUUGGGCUCCUCCUGGCCUCCGUGGGGCAGCUUCCUCAUUACCUCCAGAAAGGCUGCAGGCUCUCACCCAGGGACACCUACAGUGACAGAAGUGGGAGCAGUUCCCCUGACUCUGAAAUCACUGAACUGAAGUUUCCAUCAAUAAAUCACGACUGAUCUGAUUCAAGAGAACCUUUGACUUUGAUGGAGUUUACUGCUAUGAUUUUACAUUUGGCUUUUGACACUUCUUUUUUUUAAAUUAAUUAUAUUGGUACAUUUUAGAUAUAUAUAAUGAUAGCAUUCGUCAUAGGGAAUUUGUACCUGUACAUGAUAUAUAUAUAUAUAUCUCGAUGCUUCUUUUUCCCCCAGUCCCUCAACACUUCUUUUAAAUUAUGUUUUUAUUAAGAUUAUUUUAUUAUGGAGAAAGGCAUUUGGAAAACUCACUAGCAUGUCCCAUCAUGGAUACUGGCUCCUUUGACAGUAUGUCCUGCCUGUUGUGUGUACAGCUUCUUUGUAGUUCCUCAGUUUCUGAGAUGAGAAGCCGGACAUCAGGUCAGGAACUGAUGGCCAGGGCUGGUAAAGGGCCCGUCAACCUUGUUUCUCCAACUACCUCGCGUCAUCAUGGAUUGGAGUGUAUUGCCUCUUGCUUUCCUGUGGGUGCCUGGGCCAUUAGUGUGCCAUGUGGAUUUGCCAAAACCAGAAGGUCCUUGCAGCUCGUACCACCGAUGACGUUUGGUGCUGGUAACCUGUGUGUGCAGCUUGCCUCUAAGAGCCGUGAAACAAGAGCUGAAACCUUACUGCUGCUCCAAAUUGAUAGGGACGCUCGGUGCCAGCUAUAGCUGGUCCUCAUCAUCCAAAGGACACUUUGAUGGCACAUGUAGCCACGAGAAGCCUGUGUCUCUGAAGUGUGGUUUUAAACCCCUGUGCUGUUUCUUGUUCCUGGGGCUGGGGACACUCCUUGCAUCAAGGGGUCACUUAAAAACACCUUUGGGGAAACUGCCCCUAAAACCCUCUCAUCUAUAGACAGCUUUGAAUUGAGGGUACUUUCUUCUUCCAGAAUGGUGUUACUCUAGGUGAGGUGCAAUAUGGGGAGCUAUUUUCUUACUGUGAUGAAAUAAAUGGCACAGCCAUGUGCUCACUUUAUUCUGACUGAACUCGAUGUAUACUCUAACUUAAGAAAUAAACAAUGCAGAAUACAA